CAACACAGCGACAAGUCAAGGUGAAUGCCAUUUAUCUCUGGCAGGAUCGUGCCACUGUGACCCACGCAUGUGAUCUGCUUUCACUAUUAGUGAACCAUGAGCUCCUUAAAAUCUCGCCUGCUGGAAUAUCUACAUAGUUGCAAAUUACCCCCUAAGGAUUUGUGAAAGCAACAUAAGGACUGUCUCUCAGUCUAACAACUCAGUCUAGCAAGGUGGCGUGAAAGCUCAGUAUCAGUCAAAGUCCUCUGCGAUGAGAGAAAGGAUAAUGAAGAAGUAUGAAGAGAUGCGGAGAGUUCUGGAGGAGGACUGUAGGAUCUCUCUGUCCUUCCUGGAGAUGGAGGAGACGGCUGCGGUUCGAGCGCUGGACAAUCUCAUUCUCAUCUCAUCUCAUCUCAAUCUCAAACAGAUCAAUAAAUGAAAUGACCAACAAUACAUGGUGAAACUUACAAUCCCUGCAACAAAAUACAUUCUCACUAUACAUUUCUGUGUCUCUCUUUCAUAGGUCACAAUGUAUGAGGACAGGGUGCUGGAAUUGUUAACACUGACAGAUCCAGGUCUCAUAAAACUUGAUGAGGCCAAGUCAGAUCAGCUACUGGGCCUCACCAACAAUUUACUACUGUUUAUCCGCUCACAGAUCCCAAUUGCUAAGAGGCUGCUGAAGAGCUAUUCCUCAGAAGCGGUCCUGGACCCUUCCACUGCCCAUCCCAAGCUGAUUGUUUCUUCUGAAGGGGACUGUGUCACUUUCACAGAUGUAUGGCAAGAUGUCCCUGAGCAUGACGGACGUUUUGACACCACCCUUAACGUCUUGAGCACCCAGCGCUGGGAUUCUGGUCUCCAUGACUGGGAGAUAGAUGUGAGUGGAAAGAUCUAUUGGGAACUGGGUCUCACCUACCCAUCCAUCUCAAGAAAAGGCCAAAAGGAGGACUCUUCUGCAGCUUUCCUGGAGGUCUGGUGACAUUUUUUGGGGUGGAUACCAUGACACCGCUGUACUCAUUCUGUGCUGGGACAUUU